AGAGGGGAUCAGAGAAAAGACUGAAGAUUUUGGAACCUCAGUGUUGGGGUUAAAAUCCCAGCUCAGCCAGGUACUGGCCUUCUGACUUCUUGGGCAAAGGACUUCACCUCGCAGAGAUUCAGUUUUCCCUUCAAACAAUGGAAGUCUAAAAGCUUCCCUCUAGAGGUCUCCUGAGGAUGGCAUGAGUGCACCCAGCAGAAUACCUGCAGCGUCGGACCCAUAAUGCUUAGCAAUUGAUGGCUGCUUAUUAGGAAUGGUUUUUGCCAAUAUUAUAAAUGUACAUAAGACUACAUAUAUAAGAAGCAAGAGACCCUUUAAUUUUUUAUUCAAAAGCCAAACUACAGCUUCAGAUAGACAUGGAGUUUGAAUUCAAAGAUGGUGGCAGAAACAGGAUGAAACACUUUAAAACUUGGACAUAAAUCCAGGACCAUAAAACAGAGAAAUCUUAGGAGAGCAGGCAGACCGGUGUUCAACCCCUGGCCUCACAUCAGCAGCAAGUGCUGCACCUCGCUGCUUUGUUUCCUGGUCUGUUCAAUGGGGAUAAUGGAUUUGCUUCCUUGAGAGUUGUCUGGGCAUUACGUGGGUUUCCCACUUGGCACGGGUACUGAUAUAGGAAAACCCGAUACGUGGCAGAUGUUUCCAACAAAACAGCAUUCAUCCCCCCAACCCAGCCCCACUCGCAAAAUUCAGGUAUUUGAAGUUGAUUAAAAGGUAGAGGGUGAAGAGCUAUCUGCUGGGUAAAAGCCGGGGCUGGUUUGCUGUGUCACCCUGGCGGGCGGCCCCUUAGGGCCCCUAUUGGUGCCUCCUUAGACUUUGAGAUAUCUCUGCUCCAAGAUUCUGAGGACUCAGCUCACUGAGGAGGGGAAAGGGCAGUGCAGGGGGCUCCCGGAGGCUGAAGGGCAGGGGACCUGGGAAGCUCCAGCCAUCUUCAAGCUCCCUCCCUCUUCUGGCCCCCGGCCAGCUCAGCCAUCCCCCUCCCAUCAGGAGGCCUCUCUGUCCCCCGGGCGUCCCCGGCUCGGGAAAUAAACUGCAUAGAAGUCAGGGAGGGGACAGAGCGGUCCGAGGCAUGCCACAGAGAGGAGCGAGGCGCCAGGAGGGCAGCAUGGUUUGGCACCAGGACAGGUCCAGCACCGAGCUGCGCAAGGAGAAGUCCCGGGAUGCGGCCCGCAGCCGGCGCAGCCAGGAGACCGAGGUGCUGUACCAGCUGGCACACACGCUGCCCUUCGCGCGCGGCGUCAGCGCCCACCUGGACAAAGCCUCCAUCAUGCGCCUCACGAUCAGCUACCUGCGCAUGCACCGCCUCUGUGCCGCAGGGGAGUGGAACCAGGUGGGAGCAGGGGGAGAGCCACUGGAUGCCUGCUACCUGAAGGCCCUGGAGGGCUUCGUCAUGGUGCUCACCGCCGAGGGAGACAUGGCUUACCUGUCGGAAAAUGUCAGCAAACACCUGGGCCUCAGUCAGCUGGAGCUCAUCGGACACAGUGUUUUCGAUUUCAUCCAUCCCUGCGACCAAGAGGAGCUCCAGGAUGCCCUGACCCCCAGCCCAAGCCUGUCCAAGAAGAAGCCCGAGGCCCCCACGGAGCGGCGCUUCUCCUUGCGCAUGAAGAGCACCCUCACCAGCAGGGGGCGCACCCUCAACCUCAAGGCAGCCACCUGGAAGGUGCUGCACUGCUCCGGACAUAUGAGGGUCUACAAGCCCCCCGCACAGCCUUCCCCCGCCGGGAGCCCCGGCUCCGAGCCCCCGCUGCAGUGCCUGGUGCUCAUCUGUGAAGCCAUCCCCCACCCAGGCAGCCUGGAGCCCCCGCUGGGCCGGGGGGCCUUCCUCAGUCGCCACAGCCUGGACAUGAAGUUCACCUACUGCGACGAGAGGAUCGCAGAGGUCGCUGGCUAUAGCCCCGAGGACCUCAUCGGCUGUUCUGCCUACGAGUACAUCCACGCCCUGGAUUCCGACGCCGUCAGCAGGAGCAUCCACACCUUGCUGAGCAAGGGCCAGGCAGUAACGGGGCAGUAUCGCUUCCUGGCCCGGAGCGGUGGCUACCUGUGGACCCAGACCCAGGCCACGGUGGUGUCAGGGGGCCGGGGCCCCCAGUCAGAGAGCAUCGUCUGCGUCCACUUCCUGAUCAGCCGAGUGGAAGAGACGGGUGUGGUGCUGUCCCUGGAGCAGACGGAGCAACACUCUCGCAGACCCCUGCAGGGGGGUGCCCUCUCUCAGAAGGACGCCCCUAAUCCUGGGCACAGGCUUGAUGCCCCCGGCCCCCGCAUCCUGGCCUUCCUGCACCCCCCUUCCCUGAGCGAGGCCACCCUGGCCGCUGACCCCCGCCGUUUCUGUAGCCCUGACCUCCGCCGCCUCCUGGCGCCCAUCCUAGAUGGAGCUUCGGGAGCUGCCACCCCCAGCACCCCGCAGGCUGCGCGGCGUCCCCAGAGCCCUCUUCCGGCUGAUCUCCCAGGUGAACCACCUGUGGGCGUGGAGAAUGCGCGCAGGCUCUUCCCCAGCGGGAGAAUCCUCGGGGCAGCGGAGACGGAGCUGGCCGCAGCUCAGGACGCCGAUGCUCUGGACUUGGAGAUGCUGGCCCCUUACAUCUCCAUGGACGACGACUUCCAGCUCAGCGCCAGCCAGCAGCCUCCCAGCGCCUACCACAGACCCCGAGGGGCUGUGCGCCGGCCCCGCGCGCGGAGCUUCCACGGCCUGUCGCCCCUGACCCCCGAGUCCUCCCUGCUGCCCCGCUGGGGGAGUGACCCCCGUCUGAACUGCUCCAGCCCCUCCAGAGGGGACCCCUCAGCAUCCGGCCCCACGGCUGGGGCUCGGAAGAGGGCCCUGGCCCACAGCCCAGUGGACGAGGGGGUGGAGCUGCUGGGAGUGAGACCCCCCAAGCGGCCCCCCAGCCUAGAGCCCGAAAGCUUCCUGCUGCCUCCCCUCAGCCUGAGUUUCCUUCUGACAGGAGGAGCAGCCCCGGGGAGCCAGCAGGAUCCCAGCAGCCGCCUCCUGGAUGUGAACGAGCCCUGGGGCCUGGGCCCCUCGCUGCUCUCUCUCUGUCCAGGCCAGGAUCCUGUCCAGCCCAGGAGCCACUUCCAGGCAGCGGCAGGAUUGGCCCAGACCCGCUGAGCCGCCGCUCCCGCCUCCGCCUCCCACCGGGAAGGGACCUCAGCCACACUCCAAGCCUGCACCAGCGCAAGGAGGGGGCCUCCGUCCCGAGUGCCCCCCCAGCCUCGGGCCUACCUCAGCCCCACCCCUGGCCCACGCCGUCUGGGGCCCGGGGGUCUCGCUCAGUGACCUCUGGGGGACUCGGCCCCCUCGUCGCCUCUCAGGACUCCUGGUUACCUCACUCCCCGCGGAACUCAGGCUCACUCUGGGAUCGGCUGGGAGGGCCCGGUCCGGGAGCGUCUCUUUCUGUCCUUCCUUUAUUAUUGUUUUGAUUUCUGUGUUUUCAUGAUAUGGUUUUUGAUCACUAUGAAUUGCCCGGGGUCCGUAAGAAUGUGGGCCUCUGAUUGUCCCCGCUCCUCGGGCCUCAGCGGGUGGGAAGCUCUGGGUCAGACCUCGCGUCCAGGGACCUUGACCUCCCAAGCUGCCCCCCAGCCCUGCCGUUGACCCAGCCUCGCCGCACAAUGAUUCCACUCGCCGUCUUCCUACUUCAGGGGGAGCCCAGAACUUUCUCUGCUUCCAGACGGUGUAGCCUCCGGCCUCCCCUGGCCCUGGGCUGCAGCCUCCGGCCUCCCCUGGCCCUCGAGCAUGGUCUGUGGUGGACCCCAACAGCCCCAGACCCCUGAUUCCAGAUCUCACAGCCUUUGGCUCUUUCUCGUUCUAAACUCACAACUUCCUGAUGCUGCCUGUGUUGAAGCCUCCCCAUCUCCAGAGAAAUGUUCUGGGUCACACAACCUCCGACUCCCUCCAGCUUCAAGCCCGUGAGCACCGCUGGUUCUAGAACUCAUUUCCUAACUCCCUCUUUUAGUUUUUCGUUUGGUUUCAGGCCCAGGGGAUGGAACCAGGAGCACUUAACCACUGAGCCACAUCCAGCCCUUUUUAUUUUUUAUUUAGAGACAGGGCCUUGCUAAGAUGCUGAGGCUGGCUUUGAACUUGCAGUCCUCCUGCCUCAGCCUCCUAAGCCGCUGGGAGCCACCAUACCCAGCCUUCCUGGGUUGUGGACCCCACGAGUGCAGGCUUCCUUGGUUCUGGUUUUUCCUGAUCUGAAAUACACUGGGUUCCAAAUCUCGGCCUCCUCUAACUUCUAAAUCAUCUUAGUUCCAAACCUCGUGGACACAGCUCAUUCCUCUUCGCCUCUCUACACACAAGACUCACUUUCCCCUAAGAGAAGUCAGUGAGUGUGUGUCUUGAUCUGGUGCCGGCUGUCCAGAGCCAGAUACCGCGUGCCAGUUUUCUCAGGUUCUAGACCUCGUGACCUCCGCCAUUCACUGGUUCUAGACUGUACAACCUCUUGACCUUGCAACCGUCAGGGUCCUCUGAUCCAGGAUCAUUGCCUGUGACCUCUCUGGUUCUAGAACGGAGCUAUGCCUGUCUUCUCAUUCUAGACUGCGGCCCCUGCGUUCCCUUGGUUCUAGACGGCAUGUCUUCCAGCUCCGCCUCUGGAUCACGUGGCUCCACAUAACCCUGGGUCUAGAACUCACCUUCAAAGAUCCGAUUAUAGGCCUUUGCCUCAUAGAUUUCUGUGGUUCUGGCCCUUAUAAUCCCACCUCCUCCUGAUUCUGGAUCUUAGGAUUCCACAAUCCCUAUGUUCGGGAACUUGGUCUGGGGACAUUUGCUAAUUCUCUCAUCACUCUAUAAAUUCUUGUGGUUCUAGGCUACAGCUUCCAACUGCCUCUGAUUUCAGACUCAAAUUCCUCAGUUUCUAGAACUCAGCCUCCAUGUGCUUCUAGAAUCUGAUUCUAGAAUCUAGCUUUGCCCCGUGGACUGCUCUGACCUCGGAUCUCACAAGCCCUGACUCUCAUUCCAGACCCCACCCCUACCGCGGCCCCUGAACUUGCACCAACCCACCCUGGUCUCCAGUCUUGCCUCCCAGGUCUCCACCCUCCGGGACCUCUGCUCAUGAACUUCACGCUCAGGCCUCUCAGCCUCACCUCCUGAGGUCUCCCUGUCCUAGAAGCCCUCCCCUCCCUACCCAGCCCUCCAGAGAGCACUUACCUGGCUUCAUCCCAGGCGCCUGGGGGCCCCCAGAGCCUUCCCCAGCCGCAGGCCUGCGCACAGCCCUGUCUGCAUAGGUGGAGGGGAGGGAGGCUGGGACUCCUCAGCUCCCCACCACAGCUGUGUGCCCUCCUGUCCCCCAGCUCCCUUCACAAUGGUGCUACUCUUACUCUCCACAGGAAGCCCCACACUCAGCCCCUCUCACCCCCUCUUUGGAAGGCACUGCCCACUUCUCUGUCAGGGAGUGGCCUGUCCAGACCGGUGCUAUGAGGGGAAAGGAUCUGACAGGUCGGACCCUCCCCUCUCAGGGGGUGACCCGAGCCCUCCAUGGAGGGCUGUGUUGGGCUAGGGGAAGGGAAGAGACUCUGGAACCCACUGAUGUCCCUGCAACCACAUAAAGACCUCGCCUUGGUGGGCACCACA